AUGAAUCCCUCCGCGCCUCCGGAUAUGUCGGGGAUGGACGUCUUGGGUCUACACAUCUCUAACCCAAGCUCAAAAGCGCUUCAUGCGCACCCCUAUGCUUCCUCGAUCGCCUCCUCCGCUUCCUCCUCGUCGUCGUCCGUCUUCUCCCUCGAUGCCUCCCAUAGCUCGAUCUCCUCCACCACCACGAACCCGGUUGAUGUGAUUUGGGAGAAUGAUGCGGACCGCGACGCUCAGCUUGCGGGAAGGCCUGCGGUUGCAUGCCCUCGGGCUUUCGCCAAGGGAGUUCCUCCCAAGAUCGAUGGCCCGGUGCCGCCGGAGUUGCGCACGCAUCCCCGGCGCACCAACAGCGUCGCCCCCAACGGGCCCGGCGCGCGUCCUCCGCCCUGCCUGCUUCGCCAGUCCGAGCGGAAAGUCAACUUUGUCGAUAACCUCGUCGAUACGGCGUCGCAGAUCGUCGAAACCAUCUGGCCGCUCUCCGCCGCGGCCUCGCGCAGCGAUGCCGCGACCGGCUCAAAAGGUGUAUUACCUCUCCGGACAUUCAUCCAAGAGACCCUCCGUCGUUCGCGCACAAGCUAUAGCACCCUACAGGUGGCCCUCUACUACCUGAUAAAGAUCAAGCCUCAUGUGCCUUCUCAUGAUUUUACUAAGGAACAACCUCGGGACCAGUCGUCGAUGCGGGCCAUGCAGUGCGGUCGCCGGAUGUUUCUGGCGGCGUUGAUCUUGGCCUCGAAGUAUCUACAGGACCGUAACUAUUCGGCCCGUGCCUGGAGUAAGAUCUCUGGCUUGAACACCUUGGAGAUCAACCAGAACGAGUUGAUGUUCCUGCAGGCGGUUGGAUGGCGUUUGCACAUCUCGGAGGCGACUUUCCAGCGUUGGACUGACCUUGUCCUCAAGCUCACCUCGGGCGCUGGUGGCCCCCCAGCCAGUGAGGGCCAGUGUUGGCGAACCGUCCUGCCUCGUUUGACUCCGGAGUUGGAUUCCGUCGACCCGGAGCCGAUGACUCCGAUCUCGAUGAUGAGCAGCAUGGACGUCGGCCUGGGCGACUCUCCCUCCCCGCGCAGCACCGCUAGCAACGAGUCAAUCCGGUCGACCUCCCGCGAACAGACUCCCACCUGUCCGCCGAGUCUGCCUCGGGCCUUGGAGCCGACUCCUCGCAUGGAAUUUACCAACCUCCCGAUGCCGGCCCUUCCGCGACCUCAGAUGCUCCCGACUCCCCAGAUGACCCCUCAAACUCAUGUGGCUUGCACUCCUGCUGCGAGUGCGGCGGCAUGCGCUGCUCCCCGGCGCCCUUCCAUCGGCACGGCGAUGUCCCAGGCCCAGAACAUGGGCAUGGCGCGAUCUACACUUGAUCAGCGCCCAUCCCUUUCGUUCUACCCUCGGGCUCAGUCUUACGAUGGUUACCCGGCUCCGGUUCGUCGGUCCUCUCUGGCUAGGUCGACUUCGUCAGCAUCCUCUCCGGACUCGAUGGUCUCGGAUGUGUCGACUCUGUCGUCACGGUCGUCCCGCUCAUCAUCGGUAUCAUCCAACGCUUCGGGUGCGGGUGCCCCCGCCCCUUCGCGUCUUGCUGUCAAAGCGACUCUACGAUGCACCAGCAACUCUCUUAAGGAGAGCCGGAAGACUCUGGCGAUCGCUUCUCCGAUAGACGAGAGUACUCUUGCCGAUCUCUACAGCUCGCCGGAUUAUGAAGCCGCGAGGGGCUCCGCACCCGAUCUGUCUCAAUAUUCUCUUGAUUCUAGCCUGAGUGAAGCAGCACAGAGCCUGUGCGAGCUUUCCGGUGCAACCCCCGAGCGUCGGCAGUGCCGCAAACGUGGGCGCACCGGAUCGGACGAUCUUCUCCUGCAGAAUCACGUUCGCCAUCUUAUCGAUGGAGGUGCUCCGGGUGUCUCUUCCAUCUUGCCCGAUGGCAAUCUCGCCACCUCCUUAUUGAUGACCAAUGGGUUUUCGGUUUCGGGUCCCGCGGGCAUGAAACGGGCCUGCUGCGGCAGUGAAGCGCGCAAGGUCGCCCUGAACCCGAGCAUACGCGCGGACUACCUGAAUUGA